CAUUUUCAUUCCAUCAUGGCGACUACUCUGGAAACGUAUGUAAAUCAUACUGUAGCAGUAAUCACACAGGAUGGAAGAAUGAUUGUGGGAACCCUUAAAGGGUUUGAUCAAACAGUGAAUUUAAUUUUGGAUGAGAGCCAUGAGAGAGUGUUCUCUUCAGGAAGUGGAGUGGAACAGGUCAUGUUGGGUCUUUACAUCAUCAGAGGAGAUAAUAUUGCUGUCAUAGGAGAAAUAGAUGAGGAAGCAGAUGCUAACUUAGAUUUGAGUAGUAUUCGUGCUGAUCCACUUAAUGCUGUAGUUUACUAAGAGCUUUUGAGAUGUAUUUGCUCCCAACAUCAUUCUAACUUGAGGUACUGGCUGCAGAGGGAAGAAGAAAAAUCAAAAUUGACUCAAUACAUCAGUGAACUAUGUAAAUUUACUAAACUAUUAUGGUGUGUUGAGUGUGCCAUAGGGCCAUACUAAACCCAUUCCCUGGACAAGAUAUGAUUGUGGCUUUGGCUGUAAAAUAAUGAAUCAUUUUAUGACAGUUAUAGGUUGUGUUGGUAACAGUUUCAGUGUUUAUACCAGCAACCUGGUCAAGAAAGCUCUAAGAGGCAGAUCAUUUGAAUUUUGAUGGGAAGUAACGUUUAAUCUAGUACUGGCUUUAAUAAUAACCUCCAGGGAAACUAAACAUAUUUCUUCCACCAAAUCACACAAAACCUCCUGAGAAGUUGAAUGGACUGCUUUUAGCUUUAUUUUUACCAAAUUUUUGCAUGUUCCCAUUCCACAAGUUUAAGCCAGCCAACCAGCUAACAAAUUGUCAAAGCAAAGUUUAUAAGUAUCUUUUCUUUUUCCUCCAAAUGCAAACACAAUUCCUGUAAAUGGUAGAUUUCACCAUUGCUUUUACUAGAAGUUCAACUUGAGCUUGCGUAAACAGGUCCUAGAUGCAAUUUCCUCUGUAAUCCCUGAUCAGGAGUUCUCAUUGGCAAGAUAGACCUCACCCCUUUGCUUCUAUUACGUUUUACGAUACUGGAAAUUUUUCAGAGAGCUACUUCAUCGUCCCUUUAAAAUAUGAAUUAAAAAGUCGUCAGUGCUAAGUAUGUACGUAGUUGUAAUAAAAUUUUAAAAUGU